CAGCACCCACAGCCCUCCCUCCCCUCCCUCGAUAUUGCACAAGGCCCCACCACAGCUUGGUGGUUAUGCAGGGGGUGGGGAGCCCCAGAGGGGCCAAACUGGCCCCCUCUCCUGGACUUGCCUCUGCCCCCCCAGUGGGUCUGCUGCCAGCUCCCUGGUUCCACCCCGAUGGCAGUCUGGUCCUCACUGGGGACAAGAGCUGGGGGAGGCCAGCAGCCCUGCGACCCGAGCAUGCAGCAGGACAGGGAUGGUGGGGCAGUGGGAGGCCCUCAGGAUGGCACGAGGUGGCAGACUGGGCAACGGUUCCUGAUUGCUCUUCCUUACACAACCCCCGGUUCACAGCCCCCAAGAACCUGAGCAGCCUGAGGCCUCCAGGAUGCUGAGCAUGAGGGAGGAGCCUUGCCGCAUGCACCACGUCCAGGACCAAGCAAGGAUCCGGCUGGGGUGAAGGAAGCUGAGAGGCACCACCUCAGCUAAGAGUGGGGUGAGGGCUGGAGUUCGGGGAAGUCUGGCCGUGCUGGCUUGCUGCAUCUCCAGAUCAGAGGAACCAGAGCAAAAGGGGAAGGAACUGGACCUCCAGGUCAGGGCCCCCGGGCUGGCUGGAGGCCGGGGAGGAGAGGGACUCUGGACAUCAGCCUUCCUUUUCCUGGAGCGGGUGCCAGCCCCCUGCCCGUCCCCGUCAGAGACACAACGACGCCUUCUCCUUCCAGCCUGGAAAGCCCUCCCUUCCCCACCCCCAUCCUGGGCUGUGGGGGCUGGAGGAAGAGACCUGGAGACCCCAAGGGCAGCCCUCCCACCCCACGUUCCUUCUGCUUGGCCAGGAGCCAGGGCCCACCCACAGCCAGGGGCUUCUACGGACACACGUCCUUGGGCGGGGAGAGAAGGUGUGGUGGCCUAUAGUCCACUCCGGGGCCAGCCCAGCCUGGCAUCUGCCCACUGUGGGCAUGUGCUGGGGCCUCGUGUGGACAGACUCUCUUAGGACCCCCGACGGACCCCUCUUCUGAGAAUCUGGGUUCUGGGAUAAGGUGUCCUAGAGGAGGCAGGGGUGGGGUUGGGUGGGGUGGGGUGGCCCAAUAAGAAUCAACUGGAGAAACCUCAGCCUCCUGGCAAAGAGCUGAGCACAGCAGGUCUGUGGCUGCAGGGUCUGGGAGCCCACAGCGGAACGGGGCAGAGGUGAGCAAGGGAAGUGAGAAAUGCCAGUGUGGCAGGGGGUGGCGCUAGCCUGGGUGGCAGGCAGUGACUCUGGGGUGCCCUUCUGGGGAGGAGGCUGCCUCGGCUCAGGAGGCCAAGAGGGCCCCCUCCUGCUCCUGCCUCCUGUGCCUGCACAGAAGGUCGUCUCCGGGCCUCCUCAGAGCUGGCAGGGGUGGGCAGCACAGGCUGGGCCCUGGCCUGGCGCCCCUCCUGUAACCGGAGGACCCCUGCAGCCAGAGGACUAGAGGGAGGCAAGGCAGAUGAAAGGAGAGCGCUUCCAGGUGGGGCCGAGCACGGGGUGCCGCUGUGAUUCAGGGCGCCUCUGCCCAGUGGCUGCUGUGAUUUGAGAACCUGGGGUUUCUUGGGUGACAGAUUCUGGGAGCUGUGGAUGAAUAAUGGCGGUGAGUGUCUGGUCCUUAGGGAACCCCGAACUGGGAGGAUGGGGCUUGUGGUUGAGCCCGAGGAGACAGCCUCUUUUCGCAUGGCACGGCCCCACCCAGAGGCUUCGGGCCUUGGUGAGCCUGGCCGGGGUGGCCCUGCUCAUGGCCCUUUGGCUCCUGUGGCUACUCCAAUCCUCCCCUGGGGGAGCCCCGAUGCCCCAGCCCACACUCACCAUCCUCAUCUGGCACUGGCCCUUCACCUACCCGCCCCCGGAGCUGCCCAGCAACACCUGUACCAGCUACGGCGUGGCCCGCUGCCACCUGAGCACCAACCGCAGCCUGCUGGCCACCGCCGACGCCGUGGUCUUCCACCACCGCGAGCUACGGGACGGGCGGAUCCGCCUGCCCCUGGCCGAACGGCCACGCGGGCAGCCCUGGGUGUGGGCCUCCAUGGAGUCACCCAGCAACAGCCAUGGCCUCAGUGACUUCCGCGGCAUCUUCAACUGGGUGCUGAGUUACCGGCGUGACUCUGACAUCUUUGUGCCCUACGGCCGCCUGGAGCCCCGAGAGGGGCCCGCGCCACCCCUGCCGCCCAAGGACAGGGUGGCCGCCUGGGUGGUCAGCAACUUCCGGGAGCGGCAGCGGCGCGUGCAGCUGUAUCGGCAGCUGGCGCCUCACCUGCAGGUGGACGUGUUCGGCCGCGCCAACAGGCGACCGCUGUGCGCCAGCUGCCUGCUGCCCACGGUGUCGCGGUACCGCUUCUACCUGUCCUUCGAGAACUCCCAGCACCGGGACUACAUCACAGAGAAGUUGUGGCGCAACGCGCUGGCGGCUGGGGCCGUGCCCGUGGUGCUGGGGCCCCCGCGGGCCACCUAUGAGGCCUUCGUGCCGCCGGAUGCCUUCGUGCACGUGGACGACUUCGGCUCAGCCCGCGAGCUGGCCGCCUUCCUCACCGGCAUGAACGAGAGCUCCUAUCGGCGCUACUUUGCCUGGCGAGACCGGCUCCGCGUGCGGCUGGUCGAAGACUGGCGGGAGCGCUUCUGCGCCAUCUGUGCCCGUUACCCCCAUCUGCCCCGCAGCCAGGUCUACCAGGACCUCCAGGGCUGGUUCCAGUCCUGAGCUCCAGCCCGCCCACGACAGGAGGUGGGGGAAGGUGGUUGGGAGCCAGGGCUGUGGGUGAAAGGCUGGGUGUUGAAAUCAAACCACCAGGCAUCCGGCCCCCCAUGGCAACCCUCAGGCUAACUUGGAGUCUGGGGUUGGAGCCCAGGAAGCAAGGCUCAUGGGGGAGUGGGUGGUCUGGGCAGGCUGGCUGGAGGAGGAGGGUGGUGGGCAUUGGAGCAGGCAUUGGGGGUGCAGGUGAGGGCAGGGAGGGAGCAACGGGGGUGGGUGUUGCUAGUUAAUCAAAGAUAAGAGGCUGCUGAGGACCUGCCUCUCCAGCUUGCUCAAAUCUUGCUCGGGGGGUGGCAUCAGUCUUUCUCUGGAUGUGGGGCUGAGAGAGGCUGGAGGCAGGGCCCUCAGUGCUGAGGACAUGCCACCCUGCAGUUGCUGGAGGCAAAACCUGGGUCCCCCACACCUCCUCUGUAACUGAGUUCGCCUGCCUCAGAUGUGCAGGCACGUCCCCCUUCUCCGUCCACAGCGCUGGAGCCCCUGUGUGCAGACCGGUGCGGGGCCCUGGGAGACUGUGACCAGCGAGCCAAGUUGUUGGGCUUUUUGCAGCCUGCAGUCCCCUCAGGCAGGAGGCCUCGGUCAAUAAAGAAACAAAGGACAAGAA